AACCAGUACGCACACUCUCUCGAUUGCAGUGUAUCGCCAUGGCAUCACUGCUGAAGGAACAUAAGAUCAAGACCUCCAAGACAGAUGGAAGGGGGAAGGGCAAACGCAAAGCUGAGGACCUGGAAGAGGAGGAGGCUCAAGCUCCUGCACCGAAGAGGAUCAAAAACAAGCAACGGGUACUGCUGCUAUCCUCCCGAGGCAUCACACAUCGUAUGAGACACCUAAUGAACGACCUAGAGACGCUUCUGCCGCAUGUCAAAAAGGAUGCGAAGCUGGAUUCGAAAAACCACCUCCACUUGCUGCCAGAGUUGGCUGACCUGAACAACUGUAACAAUACAUUAUACUUCGAGGCACGCCGACACGAAGACUUGUAUCUAUGGGCUGCCAAAACACCGAACGGUCCAAGCAUAAAGCUGCAUGUCCAGAAUAUGCACACGAUGGACGAGUUGAAGAUGACCGGGAACUGUCUGAAGGGAAGUAGGGGUGUUCUCAGCUUCGACAAGGCGUUUGAUGACAGCGAGUGGGGCCGACUAACGAAGGAGGUGUUCACGCAUAUUUUUGGAGUCCCAUCACAAGCACGCAGAGCAAAGCCGUUUAUAGAUCACAUCCUCACGUUCUCUAUCCUGGAUAACAAGAUCUGGUUCCGUAACUUCCAGAUCAUUGAAAAGGACCCUUUGCAACCAAACGGACCACCUCAAACGUCCCUCGUCGAGAUUGGUCCUCGGUUCGUGUUGACGCCCAUCCGAAUAUUCGAAGGUGCCUUCGGGGGGACUACGGUCUAUUCCAACCCUGAAUUUGUAUCACCCGGCGCUGUGCGUUCCGCCCUCAAGAGAACGAAGGGAGACAGAUACGGCAAACGGAAGCAUGCUGAGCAGGAGAGGAGCGGCAGAAAGGAGGGCCGUAAGAGAGAAGAGGAUGAAUUGGCCGUCUCGAAGGUUUUCGCAUAGCUGCGCGUCCAUCUCCUCAUCACUGUUGGUCUGCAUUGCUGCAUAUGCCGGCAGCGCGCUAUGGUUCUCUUGCCUGCCAUCUUCGUAUGUGCGUGAGGUUUGAGAGGCCUUGGAGGACAGAGAAUGAUGUAUGCCGGCACAGUGACGGGUAAGCUCACACGACAGUCGGGGUAUGGCCCACACGGAGCGCCCGUCGGCGUGUCGGCCACGUGCUCACGCGUAGUUGAACGCGUUCCUUCGCGCGCACCUCUCGGUCUUUCUCUGCCGCAGUCCCGUGUGGCUCGCCUUAAUUAUUCAAAAC